AUGGAUGUGGACAUGAUGAAAUCAUCAUCAGGAGAUGAACAUAUGGAUAUGAUGACAAUGAUGAUGCAGAUGGAAAAGCUUCCUGAUUUUUUCAGCCAGCCUUUUUACAACACUACUAACACUUCAACACUACUACAAGAAAUACAAUUCUCCAACGGGAAUCCUACAGCUAAUACUGUAGCUUCGCCACCUAUCUGGCAUAAUCCACAUGCAUCUUCACCACCACUGAUAAAUCCACCUUGCUCCAUGCCAUUCAUGGGCACUCCAAUCCAAGAACCAGUGACACCAUCUCUUCAACACGACAUGAUGGCCAAAAAAUUCAGAUAUGUUACUCCAUUCUCAAAUGCAAACUCUUUCUUAUCUUCAAUAGAGAAGAAAAACUCAACUACAACAAUUAGAGAGAUGAUCUUUCGCAUAGCAGCAAUGCAACCAGCACAUAUAGACCCGGAAUCGGUAAAGCCUCCAAAAAGAAAGAAUGUCAAGAUAUCUAAGGAUCCACAAAGUGUAGCUGCGAGGCAUAGAAGGGAAAGAAUAAGUGAGAGGAUAAGGAUUCUCCAGAGAUUAGUUCCAGGAGGCAACAAAAUGGACACGGCUACUAUGUUAGAUGAGGCUAUACAUUAUGUGAAAUUCUUGAAGAUGCAAGUGCAAUCUUUAGAACAAAUUGGUGCUAAUAGGCCAAUGGGUGGUUUUGGCUUCACCGGAGUUACAAUGCCUAGUGUUGGUAGGGUGGAAAGACCAGUUAAGGAAUCAAAAACUUUCUUAUCAUUUGCUGGACAUUUAGACAAGCGUGUGGAUUUAGACAAGAAUAUCAAGCAUGGUGAUAGCAGAUACUACAGUGCACUCUCUGUAAUGGCUGCAAAGGUAGCUUAUGAGAACAAAGCCUUUGUCGAAAACGCUGUUAGAAAUCACUGGAAGAUGGAAUUAAUUGGAUACUAUGAUUUUUGGAAUGAUUUUCAACAAAAACUUACAACACAAGGCUUCAUGCUUCAUGAUAAAAAUGCAGACCCUGACAUAAUUGUCGUGGCCUUUAGAGGUACGGAAGCCUUUGAUGCGGAUGCAUGGUGUACUGAUUUUGAUAUCUCCUGGUAUGAGUUUCCUGGCAUAGGAAAAAUUCAUGGUGGCUUUAUGAAAGCAUUAGGUUUAUCAAUGACCCAAGGCUGGCCUCGGGAAUUUAAACAACGCGCCGAUGGCCAACCGAUAGCUUACUACACUAUAAGAGAGAAAUUGAAAGAACUUCUUAAACAAAACGAAAAGACAAAAUUUAUAUUGACUGGUCACAGCAUGGGUGGCGCAAUUGCAAUUCUCUUCCCAGCUGUUCUAGCAAUGCAUGAAGAGACAACGUUAUUAGACAGGCUGGAAGGCGUGUAUACAUUUGGUCAGCCAAGAGUUGGAGAUGGGGAAUUCAAGAGUUUCAUGGAGAGGCAGAUGCAAAAGCACGGGUUUAAGUACUUCAGAUUCGUUUAUUGUAAUGAUGUGAUUACCAGGUUGCCCAUAGAUGAUUCGACAUUUCUUUUCAAGCAUUUUGGUACAUGCGUCUACUAUAAUAGCUGUUAUUAUGGGAAGAUAGUUUCAGAGGAACCACACAAGAACUAUAUAUCGGUGUUCGCUGCUAUACCGAGGUUUCUAAAUGCAUUAUGGGAGCUAGUAAGAAGCUUCAUUUUACCCUACAGAAAGGGGGCCGAUUAUAAAGAACCUUGGUUGCUGAUACUGGUUAGAUGGUAUGGACUGAUACUCCCAGGUUUGUCAGCUCACAAUCCACAAGAUUACGUUAAUUUAACACGGUUGGGACCUGAUACUAUAUACCAUCGUCUUCAAGACCCAAAAUUUGGAAGUGUCUCUAAUUCGGAUGCAACAAAAGAUUGAUCAUGGCUGAUGGUUUAUUACUUCAGAGAAGUUGAUUGAAAGAAAUAGUAAUCGUUCUUCAUAUAUACAUUCUUUUCAACAUAUGAAUUGUAAAUUAGUUUGUAUUUAUGACAAUAAAUUUAUAGUAUCUUCUUAUGAUCAAA